UCCUCCCACACAGCAGAAAAAAAAAGGUCACGUAUGUUUGGAGAAAUAUGUAGGUCAGUGGAACAUUUCCUGCACUUGUGCCUGACAGGCAGCGAGCUUUCCUUUCUCCUCACCACCUACACUGGAUUUCUAGUCCUUCCUCCCAUUCUAGUAAAGAGUGCAUGUCUUCAUUCCUUCACACAUUUCCACACACAGCCCACACCCCCAUGUCCGGACACCUCUACUUCUGGGGGCCACAGAUAACCUAUGACUGCUAAAGGUGCUCUCCCUUCAUCUUCAUGGUGACACGUCUCAGCCGAGGAGAACAUGGAAAGGGACUUAUCAUGUCUGUGACCGGAGCAGGAACUUGGCGCCCAGCUCAUCAUGCAGCCCAUGUGUGAGGGAGCCCCUCGGACUGCCGCUGAGCAUGGCAUGCGGCGCCCCGUCACACCAUGAAAUAUAGCGGCUAUAGAGCCAAGGCCACUGCGAAGGGUUCAGACAGAGCUCGGGGGGAGGAGGAGGCCCUCACACAGCUCGCUUCAGCGGACAGCAGCACUGUACUGAAGAGCCGCCGGAGGAGCGCCCCGCCGCCCGAGCGCCACAGCGCUGCCAGGAAUAGCUGCAUAGAGAAGCUAAUGGAUGAAGAUGAGAAGGAUAGGGCAAAGAGGGCUUCACGUAACAGAUCAGAAAAAAAGAGACGGGACCAGUUCAAUGUUCUUAUCAAAGAACUUAGCACCAUGCUGCCUGGAAACACCCACAAGAUGGACAAAACCACCGUGCUGGAAAAAGUUAUUGACUUCCUACAAAAGCACAAUGAAGUUGCAGCACAGACAGAGACUGGUGAUAUUCAUCUAAACUGGAAGCCAUCAUUUCUCAGUAAUGAAGAGUUCACUCAGCUGAUGUUGGAAGCUCUUGAUGGCUUCAUUAUUGCACUUACCACAGAUGGAAGCAUCAUCUAUGUUUCUGAUAGUAUCACACCACUGCUUGGGCAUUUGCCAUCUGACAUCAUGGAUCAAAACUUGUUGAAUUUUCUACCAGAACAAGAACAUUCAGACAUCUAUAAAAUCCUGUCUUCACAUAUGCUUGUGACAGAUUCUGCAUUUCUAAAUUAUUUGAAUUCUGACAGUGAUUUGGAAUUCUGCUGCCAUCUUCUUAGAGGCACUUUAAACCCCAAAGAAUACCAAACCUAUGAAUAUAUAAAAUUUGUUGGACAUUUUCGGUCAUGCAGCAAUGUGCCAAUGCCUUCAAGUAAUGGCUAUGAAGGAGCUGUUUCAAGAACAUACAGAUCACAGCUCAACAAGCAGGUUUGCUUCAUUGCUACUGUCCGACUUGCAACACCUCAGUUUUUAAAGGAAAUGUGUAUAGUUGAUGAGUCUUUCGAAGAAUUCACAUCAAGGCACAGUCUUGAAUGGAAGUUCCUAUCACUAGACCACAGAGCCCCGCCAAUCAUUGGAUAUUUACCUUUUGAAGUUCUUGGUACAUCUGGGUAUGACUACUAUCAUGUAGAUGACCUGGAGAUAAUAGCAAAGUGCCAUGAACACUUAAUGCAGUUUGGUAAGGGAAAGUCUUGCUGCUAUCGGUUUCUAACCAAAGGUCAACAAUGGAUCUGGCUUCAGACUCAUUACUAUAUCACAUAUCAUCAGUGGAACUCCAAACCAGAGUUUAUCGUAUGCACACACACUGUUGUAAGUUAUGCAGAUGUGCGUGUGGAAAGAAGACAGAAAGUGAGCUUGGAUGACACCUCAUCAGAAGUCAUUGUCACAUCUGCACUAAAGGACAAGGACUUGAGUGUUGACAGUGACCCGCAUUACAGUGUGCUAGAAGUUAGUGCCUCCCUUCUCAGCCCCAGCCGCACUCCAUCAGUUUCUUCAAGAAGUUCCCACAAAUCUUCUCAGACUGCAGCCUCAGAACCUGCACCUACUGCCACAGAGCUAACCACAGACUCCAGUCCGCAGUCACUGCAGAGAGUCUCCAGUAGGCCACCAGACCUGUCAUUGCAGUUAAUGAGUCAACCAAACCUGGCACAGGCUUCAGUACCAUCACAGCAGGGCGAUCUCCCACAACAACAGUUUGUACCACAAAAUCAGCUACUCAGUGAAUCACCAUCUAUAACACAGUUUUCUGCACAGAUGUUCCAAACCGUCAGGGAUCAACUGGAACAACGGAGACAGGAUAUCCAAGCUAACAUAAGAUGGCAACAGAAGGAACUACAAAAGAUCUUGGAGACCCUAAGUAUGGUCCAGGAUCCCAAUCCACAAAUGCUUUACCAGCCACAACUUGUUUCAAUGAGCUUUAGUAAUAUUGAACAACCAGAGCCUCAACAACAGCAAACAAACAAACAGUCUGGCAUGCAACAGCAGAUGAUGUCUAGUUCUUCAACUCAUGGACAAAUAUCAUCAUCUUCCCAGACUGCAAGCCAGCAUCUAGUAUCAUCACAAUCGAUGCUACCAGAUACAAAUAUUCUACCCAACAAGGGACAGAAAUCAAUGAGCAGCAUGCAAGCCAUACCAAACAGAAGCCACUCAACCAGCAGAAAUGCAUCUCAGCUCAGCAGUCCUACAGGUUUGUUGCAGAAUAUCAACACAGCUUCCUCUAGUGGUUCACAGCAGGACAACACCCAAUGCGAGAGUGCCCCAGACUUUACUCAUGACAGGCAAUUAAGGUUCCAGGGCUCCCAGCUUUGCUUCAGUCACGACUUACCACUAUUGCUUAGUCAACCUAUCCAGCCAAUGAUGCCAAGCCCCUGUAGCACAAGGCGGUACUCAGAGAGUGGACAUCAGAUAAAAUAUUCACAAAACACACAAAUAUUUAGGGGUCUAGAAGUGCAGAGUUCUGCCAACAAUACUCCAAUUAUGCUAAUGGGUCAAGCCAUUUUACAUCCAGGAUUUACAUCAGUACAUUCCUCCCAACAGCAGGACCUUCAGGCUAUGCAAGCUCAGCAGCGACAGCAGCAAUUUUCCCAGGUGGCGACAACAAGCACUUUACAGAAGGAACAGCCAGAUUCUUUGAUUCUGCCAACUUAUUCCCAGCAUCAAGGGUCUGUAGGGUUACAACAGCAGGUAUCACCAAGAAGAACUAAUAGUCUAUCAGAGACAUCAGGUGUCCAGUGAUGAAAAUGAAAGUCAGACAUGUUUUAUUUCACCAGCUGGUCUGAUAUUUACUGGUGUCUGCCCUGCGGAACAUUUCUGGGAUGUUAUGAUCGGUGGUAGGAGGCAUCACAUAUUUCCUAACAGAGGAUGUCAGCUGCAACCGGGACCUAGUUCAUUUACUACUGGUGGGAAUUGACGCUUCAGGUUUUAUAAAACAAGUCUGUCUGCACAUAACUCAUUGAGAAAACUCAGACCAGCCCAAAUUCUUGUUUGUGCCACUUUUCUUUCUGAUAAAACACUGUGUUCAGUCAGUGCGACUCAAGAAGACAAUCUAGAACUUUUUCAAAAGAGUUUGGACUCAUGGUCAAAGAUUUUGUGCCCAAUGUGGGGACCAUAUCUGUGUCAGGGCUGGUCUGCCCUCUGCUGCUCCAUGAUUAUUGCUAUUUUUGUCCAUUGGGUUUAAAUUGCCUCUUCAUGAUUUUCUCUCUCAUGUCUGCAACAGCUGAAGGUGCAUAAUGCUUUGGGAGAUAGUUGGUGCAACAGAUAAGUAUGAACGCAGCAUUUUAUUCACAUGAGAAGGUUCCAUACACUUGCAUUCAGUGUUCUAUUUGUCUUAAUAUAAAUGGGGCUGUUAAUGUUUGCAGGAGUCACUGCACAUUAUGUGAGUUCUGUAGUUUGUAAGUGUUUUGAGUCAAGAUCGGGGGAAAAAAUGAAUCCUACAAGCAGAGCUGUUUCUCAUGUAACAUAAAAUAUGGGAGCAGUUAACAUAACUUAAUAGAUUUGAAGAGUGUCUACAUGUAGUCAGAACAAUUCUUAGUCACCGUUAAAUUCACCUUUUAAACAAGGGAU